GCAUCAACAUACCAGAAGAAGAAAGAAAUCAAGUCAUCGAUCAAUUAGCAAAAUAUUCUUGCGUUCCCGUUUAUGUUGAUGAUGAUUUGGCUGAUCGACAUUAUAAUGGUUUUUCCAACUCUAUAUUGUGGCCAUUGUUUCACUAUCAUCCUGGCGAAAUCACGUUUUCCCAACAAGAUUGGGAAGCAUAUGAAAUUGUUAAUGGUCUUUUCGCAGAAGCCGUUAAUGAGAUUGUUCAAGAUGGUGACUUGGUGUGGGUUCAAGAUUAUCAUUUGAUGCUAUUACCAGCCAUGUUGAGAGAAAAAAUGGGUGAAAGCAAAUUAAAUGUAAAAAUCGGCUUUUUUUUACAUACUCCGUUUCCAAGUAGCGAGAUUUAUCGAAUUCUUCCCGUUCGCAAAGAAGUUCUCACUGGCGUACUUAAUUCCGAUCUGAUUGGAUUUCAUACAUACGAUUAUGCUCGUCAUUUCCUAUCUUCAUGCACUCGUAUACUAGGCUUGUCGACAAUGCCAAAUAGUGUAUACUAUGACGGUAGGCAUGUACAUGUUGGUACAUUUCCUAUCGGCAUUGAUCCUGAAAAAUUUGCCGAGGGUUUAAAAAAUCCAGUUAUUCAAAAUCGCAUCAAAACUCUGGAAGAUAAGUUUAAAGGUGUUAAAUUGAUUGUUGGUGUGGAUCGACUAGAUUAUAUUAAAGGUGUUCCGCAAAAGUUUCACGCUUUGGAAGUAUUCUUAAGUGAUCAUCCGGAAUGGGUUGGCAAGGUUGUGCUUGUUCAAGUAGCCGUACCCUCUCGACAGGAUGUUGAAGAAUAUCAAAACUUGCGAGCUGUUGUUAACGAGUUAGUCGGUAGAAUUAACGGCAAAUUUGGUACUGUAGAAUUUACGCCAAUUCACUUCUUGCACAAAUCUGUUUCUUUUGAAGAAUUAGUAGCAUUAUAUGCUGUGUCAGAUGACAGACAUGGUGUAUUAAUUCUUAGUGAGUUUGCUGGUGCCGCUCAGUCUAUGAAUGGUUCAAUCAUUGUAAAUCCUUGGAACACUGAGGAACUUGCUAAUGCUAUUCACGAAGCUGUCACAAUGCCGGAUCAACUACGUCAAUCAAAUCAUCAAAAAUUAUAUGGUUAUGUCACCAAAUUUACUGCUUCUAGCUGGGGAACUAGUUUCGUUGGUGAAUUAGUGCGUGUUAGUAAGGAGUUCGGUUCAUACAUGAUAAUUCCACAUUUGAAGAUCGAUAAG